GGCUGCACCCCUUUUAGGAUCGGUUUUGUAAGAGCUCAUCACGUAGCAUUAUUUGCAGAGGAAUUGCGACAGUUCACGAGUGCUCUUCCAUUCAGAUCCGCAUUUACAAGUGGCAGUCUGCAAAUAUACAAAUGAGUAAAAGAGCAGGUAAAAGGACCUUUGGAUAUGGCAACAUUCCUACUCCACAUGGGACGCCCAGAAAACAAAAAAGGUGUUCUAGCCCUGAAAGGACUAGUGCUGGGAUGUGUAUUACAACAGCCAAGAAAAUUAUGAAAAAUAUUGAAUUCAAUCUCAGUCUACAUGAAAAACAAUAUGAAGACAGCUCCAGCCCCAAAAAGCUCAUUCAAUAUAUCAGGGAAAACAUCUCAAAACUGGACAAAGGUGGUAUGAAAAAGAAAACUACUGUUGGAGUGUUUGGAAAGACAGGGGCUGGGAAGAGCUCUCUGAUAAACACCAUCCUGGGAGAAAAACAUCUGUUACCAUCAGGAACCCUGUGUGCCUGUACUUCAGUCAUCAUACAGGUUGGAGCCAACAUUACAGACUCCAACUACACAGCUGAGAUUGAAUUCAUCUCAAAAGAGGAAUGGGAAGAGGAACUCAAGACCCUUCUGAAUGUUUUACGGGAGGAUGGUGAGGAGAAGGAUGUUGCAAUGUGCAAAACAGCCACUGAGAAGAUCACAGCACUGUAUGGGGAGGAAUGUGUUAAUAUGAGAGUAGAAGACCUCAUGAAAGAUGACAAAUUCUCAGGAAUUCCAGAGUUUCUCGGAUCUGAAACCAAAAAGAUAACAAGUAAGCAAGCUUCAGAUCUCUCGGAUGAGAUUAGAUGUUACGUUCAGCAUGAUGAUUCAAGUCCUGGAGAAUGUUACUGGCCGGUAGUGAAGAGUGUGACCAUCAAGGUUCCAAACUGUGAAGAUUUUCUAGAACAUGUUUUAUUAGUGGAUCUUCCUGGAACCGGAGACUGCAACAAGACCAGAGAUCAGAUGUGGAGAUCGAAACUGAGAGAGUGUUCUACAGUGUGGAUCGUAAGUGAAAUGAACCGCGCUGGGUCCGAGCAGGAAGCCUGGGAACUUGUUUGUAACAGUGUAAGACACAUGGCACAAGCUGGAGAGUGCCGCAGCAUGUCCUUCAUAUGUACCAAGACCGAUCAAAUUGAAACAGAGAAAUAUAUGAGAUCUGCAAAGCUCAAGGAUAAAGACUUUCAGAUCACACCAAAGGACUCUCAGUACAAUGUCAAGAGAAAAUCCAAAUGCAUAUUGCACAGGAAUAAUAAAGCAAAGGAACUCGUGCAGAAGAGUUUUAAACAACUAUCAACAUUUAAGAAACAUUUCAACUGUGAUGAUAACUUCCUUUCUGUGUUCACUGUGAGUUCUAAAGAAUUCACCAAGAAACGUUCAAUACUGACACCAGAUGAAACAGAGAUACCUAAGCUCAGAGAAGUCCUGAUGAAAUACAACAAUAGCCACACAAAUCAGACGACAAGUCAGUACUUCUCUGGAGCACUUGGAAUCCUUUCCCUAAUUCAAGGUAUCAAUGCGAGUGACACUGAAAUGAUGCGAAACAGACUCCAUGAGAAAUUCGAGAGAAAUCUCAACAAUGAACUUGAACGCUUGCAAGAAUACACUGGCCAAAUCUACAGCCAGCUGGACCAACUUCUUUCAAAGGGAGCAGAAGAAUCUGAAAAAAAUUGUGUUGCAAGUGCAGAAGAGCUAGUAAAACCGAAAGGUACGGAUGGUCGAGGAUUCCACCAAUCACUGACAGCGCUGUGCAAGAAUGAUGGGGCCUACAGGUCUAAGAAGGGAGAAACAGAUCUGAAUACACACUUGGUCAAACCCAUGUUACAGCAUGUCGACACACCAUUCAAUGAAUUUUUUCAGGUCCAGGAGAAUGUAACUGAUAAAUCAGUGCAAACGAACAUCAACAAUUUCACCAUCAUCCCAGAGCACAUGAUAAAAAUAUAUCAAGAUUCUCCAGUGCUAAGUCACCUCCUGAAAUUCCUUAAAACUGAGGAAAUGAAACUGAAGACAGCGCUUAAACAAGACAUUGUUGAGCAAAAAAAGGAAAUAUACACAUCACUUUCUGAAUCCAUUAAGACCACAAUGCUGCCCUGCUAUCGGAGGGCUGCUACCAAGAGUGGAAAGGGCUCUAUGAAGGAGAAGCAGGAAAUACUGUUACACCACAUAAAAUUAUCAAAGAGUAAAAUGUUCCAGAAAGCAAAGAAAAAGAUGCUUGAAGAGCUGCGUACAACACUGAAUUACACUGUGGAGGAGAUAAGAACAGGACUAACAGAGUCGAUGGAGUAUUCACUUCUUAAUACAAGCACCUUGCCUGACAUGGAUGUUUCCAAGGAAAUAGAGAUAAUGGAAGAUUUGAAGGGGUCAUCUGCUCAGGUCUGAGAUCAUUCAUCUACAAAGGAAGUGUGAGAAUGUUUGGUGGAAAUGUAACUCCACUGGUGCUGACUAGCCCGA